AUGAAUCAUUCGCUUCGAAUUCUCCCACAGCAUGAGUGGUACAAAAAGAGUGAAGUGAGCGCCUGUCAAAGUCCAGGUUGCGGGCGUAGUUUCAGUCUCUUCAAUAAACCAGAAAACUGCCAUGCAUGUGGCAUGGUUAUGUGUACACAUUGCCUCAAGCGUCAGUUAACACUGCCUGGACGCCCCGGCUCUGCCCCAGUGCCGCUCUGUCACGCCUGCGCCAUCUGCGUCGCCAAAUUACAGGCAGAGGCGGAGAACGCAUAUCAUCAGCAGGGACAACUGCUGAAUAUGCUGAAUGAAGAGCGAGAAGAGUUGGAGCGGCUUUUAGCGAUUUCGUCAUCACUGCGUGAAGAGAACCAGCAGUUGAUUAGUCUGACAGAGGUGCUCAGGGCGGAGGUUGAGCAGCUAAAGGUGAAGGGCGGCAUGGAUGAGGCAUUAUUGUCCCAUUCUUUGGCGAGGGCGUGGAGAACGAGUUCGUCACAGCGGACACCUGUGAGACCGUUCACUCGAGAAGUAAACGCUCCAGCCGAUGAUGGUGAUGAUGUUUUUGACGGUCCAACUGCUGCGAGCGCGAAUAGUAGCAGUCGUACUGCGACGGUGGGAGGGGCAGCGCUAGCGGAGGAGUUGCGGGCAAAACAACGCAUGUUGUCCAGGCGAGAGGAGGCUCUGCAAGCAUCCAUGAAGAAGGUCACGAGUGAUGCCACGCGUAUUGCGGCACAACGGAUGCAGCUGCAGGAAGAAGAGAAGAAACUUCGGGCCCGAAUGGCGCAGGAGUUUCAGGUUAUCGUAGAGGAAGAGUGUAGGCGCUUGCAGAAUGUGUAUAUGGAGGAGCUGACUACCUUGGGUGGGCAGUUUGCAAAGUGGCGGAGGAAUGCCGAUGAAAUGUUAGAAACCGUGAGGCUGCGGGAGCACAGGAACACCAGUGUGGAGUUGUCGACGGUGUUAGGGCCAGAGAACACGGUGCAGGCGGUGAAAUGCAAGCACGCCACAGAUAUGACGCAGCAAGAAGAGGCGUACAAGGCAAAGAUUGCACACUUAGAGGAAUUAUUGAGAAAAGUACAGAAAAGGUUUGAUGAUGAUAAUUUUAUGCUGCAAAGCGCGUUGGGUGUCGCACGGCGUGAAGUUGAAAUGGAGAAGAGGCGGUUUGAGGCUUUUCAGCGGGCCACGGGGGUUCUCACGUUAAAAAUGCAGGAGGAGCGGCAAAGAUACGAACUGACUUGCGCUGAGUUGCGUGGAAGGCUAGAGACCAUGCACUUCUUUCAUGGUAAAUGGCAGCAGCUAAAGUCACCACCACCACCAACAACAACAACAACAACACAAUUGUCAUCAACACUGGUAUUGUCACGGCAGGACGAUACGAAAGAUCGUGUCGCUACUGUCUUAUGCACCGUGCUCUCUGAAUGGCGGUGCGUGGCGGAAGUCCUGCUUAGUCAACACAGCGCUUCCCUUUCGGCCGCCACGUUAUUUGCGUGUACGGCCUGUAGUCUCGCGGCGUCCCAUUUGCCAUCUUCACCGACGAAAAAAGAGGCGUUGGCGAAGAUAUCCGCUUUGGCAGGGGAAGAAGAGCAAAUUACGGAGCUGCGCUGUGAGUUAGGCAGCGCUCAGCGCCUCUCAAAGGUCCUUGAAGAUCGGGCAAACGAACACGCCCUGGAGGCUGUUUCUCCCGCACGUACGGUGACACCAAAUACGGAGGAGCUGCAGCAGCUUCGGGAGAAGUUGUCACGGACUGAGAGGGCACUUGUACGGGCGAGCAGCAUCGAAAAGCAGCUCUCUCAGCAGCUCCAGCAGCAGAGGGAGAGAGAAAAAAACGAAGGGCCUUGCGCUGCUCAGGGCGAAAGCAGCGCCUCCGUCCUGGGGCUGGCCGCACACAUGAUGAAUCACGCCGGUUUGUACAUGGACGGCUGCUUUGAUCUCCUGCGCGAUGCGCUUCUCCGGCGGUAUGACGCUGGCGUUCAGAUUAUGCACGAGGAGCUGCUGAGACGACGCGAACUCACGCGACGCAAGACAGUGGCUCUUGAACAAACGACAGCGAGCAUGAAAAUAUUUCAGGAAGAAUUAAAGCGGCGUGAGUCGGCAGCUUUGCGGAUGGAAGAGGCACUGCGUGCAUGGGAGCAAGACACACGUCUUCGCCUGAUCCGCCUAAUGAAAGUUUCAGCGGCGCUGCGGAUGGUCGCAGAGCGACUGCGUGUUGCCUCCACAAAUGGAGAGACAAACCGCUCACGGGAGGGUACCUUUUUGUAG